CAUCUACGAUGGCCGACAGUUGCAGGUUCGGAUGGAGCUCGGUUGUGGUUACCUUAAUUUAUUGACAAAAAUGUAACACUUCUAUUUUUAAUUGGCCAUGUUACCACCGCGCACAGCAUGACAAUCGCCUCGAGCACCUUUACAUUAUUCUUGUUUCUCUAAAUACCCGUGCGCGUGCUCCUCACUCGAAAUCUCCGGAUCAUCCUGACAUCGACGCGAAGAUGUCUUCUAAGAGCGAAUUGAAAAAGUUAUCGGAGGAAAGUCUGACGAGACAGCCGGAAGAAGUGUUUGAUAUUAUAUGCAAGCUGGGAGAAGGGUCCUAUGGGUCAGUUUACAAAGCUUUGCAUAAAGAAAGUGGACAGGUGCUCGCUAUUAAGCAAGUACCAGUGGAUACCGACCUGCAGGAGAUCAUUAAGGAAAUAUCAAUUAUGCAGCAAUGCGACUCUCCAUAUGUUGUUAAAUAUUAUGGAAGUUACUUUAAGAAUACAGAUUUAUGGAUUGUGAUGGAAUACUGUGGAGCUGGUUCUGUUAGUGAUAUCAUGAGGUUAAGAAAGAAAACUCUCCAGGAAGAUGAAAUUGCUACAAUUCUGAGUGAUACUUUGAAAGGGCUAGAAUACCUUCAUUUGAGAAGAAAAAUUCACAGAGAUAUCAAGGCUGGAAAUAUUCUUCUUAAUAAUGAAGGUCAUGCAAAAUUGGCUGACUUUGGUGUUGCUGGCCAAUUAACGGAUACCAUGGCUAAGCGUAACACAGUGAUUGGUACACCUUUCUGGAUGGCUCCUGAAGUGAUACAAGAAAUUGGUUACGAUUGUGUCGCUGACAUAUGGUCUCUGGGAAUUACGGCCUUAGAAAUGGCGGAAGGCAAACCACCAUAUGGUGACAUACACCCAAUGAGAGCAAUAUUUAUGAUUCCGACUAAACCACCACCUAGUUUUAGAGAGCCCGAUCAAUGGAGUCCGGAGUUUAUCGAUUUUGUCAGUGGGUGCCUUGUAAAAAAUCCUGAAGAGAGAGCUACCGCAUCUGAGCUUCUGCAACAUGAAUUCAUACGUAAUGCCAAACAACCAAGUAUCUUAAGCCAAAUGAUCGCCGAGGCUCAUGAGAUACGAGAAAAACAGAGCGCACAUAGAGCUCACGUUAUAAACAACGUGGCGAUUAAAAGUCAAAAUCAGGCGGAGGAUUCGGACGAGGAUGAUUGUAGUGGAACUAUGAAACCAUUACCAGAGGAUAGCAGGACUUUAGUGCCGAGCCAUGAUCUUCCAGACACGGGUACUUUAGUUUCGGCGUUAGACUUGGGUACAAUGGUUAUUAAUAGUGAUACUGAUACCGAAGCUACUAUGAAGAGACAUAAUACUGGUUCUGUAGAAUCCGGCAAAAAAUAUCGACCAUUAUUCUUAGAUCAUUUUGACAAAAAAGAAGCGCCUGAGAUCGGAAAAGGUAAUGGACAGAUGUUGGGAGCGAAUAAUAUGGAAAAUGCAAAUAAAUUAGAGCAGCAGAAUCCAACCGAAUCUCAUAGGUUUCAAAGCCAUUUACAACUACAGCUGCAAAAUCAGAUCUCUCAUCCUAUGCCAGAACAGCCAUAUAAUAAUGUAUCGAAGUUUCAAAACGUCUUCACGGAACGUGAUUUUGACUUUAGAAGCCGUAUCCUGCAGUUGAAGUUUCUCUCCUACGAGGAGCUGCAGCAACGAAUGGCCAGUCUGGACGCGGAAAUGGAACGGGAGAUAGAUGAGCUGAGAAAAAGGUAUCAGACGAAGAGACAACCUAUUCUAGAUGCCAUGGACACCAAGCGGAAACGUCAACAGAACUUCUAACAGUCCUCCUUUAUGCAAAUAAGCAAUGACGGAUAGACAAAGGGUGUACAGUUGUAUAAAUGAAUAGAUUUUAUUCGCGUCACAUCCCUGGUUUCAUCAAAGAGAAGAACAUUGCUCCCACACCGUAAAUAUUUUACCUAAAAAAAACGUGUUGCGACUGUGAAUGUUUCCUGUUUACUCGCGAAUCACAAUGUCGCUUUUCUUUAUGAAUCCUGGGGUAUUCUAGCUAAUAAUAGCCACCGACAAGA